UUAAUUUUCUUUAUAUCUACCUAUAUACCUAUAUUUUCUUUGUUAUAUAUAAUGGACGAUAGUUGGCACUCUGGGCAAUCUUUACUUCAUCAUAAUCGCAAUAUUGUUUUGUUCAGCAAUCCACCACGAACAGACUAUAGUCAUCACCAACAAAUUCACCCUUUAGCAGUUCAACAACAUAAUCAUCCCCCAUUUGGUGCCUCUACUUCGAGAAAUGCUGCUUUGGUUGCGUCGGCAGAAUCUGCUGCUCAAAAUGAGUGUGUUACUGCUUGGGAACCUUUACAGUUGCGACAGGAAUGGACAAUUCACAACUUCACCAAAGCAUUGGAUUUGGCCACUUUUGGUACCUGCAUGCGUAGUCGCAAUUUUAGAGAUGAGAGCAUGCCUGACAUUUGUUGGCAACUUUGCUUAUAUCCUGGGGGUAAAAGAGAGGAGAAUUCUGGGAAUGUUUCUCUUUUUCUGAAGAUGUCGACAACUGAGAACCAGAGAGAGUUCACUGUCCGUGCUGAGUAUCGUUUCUACUUUUUGGAUGACACUGGCGCUGCUCGCUUUAGCAAUGUGAAUACUGGCGAUUUCAAAGUCAAACCAGCCAAAGGAUCACACUCUUGGGGCCUUAGAAAUAUUCCUCGUCAAAAAGUUCUCAACUGUAUUCGCUCAAACAAUUCUCUCCAUAUCGUCUGUCAAAUUGAGCUAGUUCCGGAUUUUAAUAAAUUGCAAACACAUGUGCGUCGUGAACAUCGAAUUGACCCGAUAAUUCUAACCAAAGAAUUUUUGGAACGUAACCACAAAAUGUUUAUUUCUGGUGAAGGUUCAGACUGUAUUGUUGAAUGUGGUAAUCAAGAAUUUCCUGUGCACAAGUUUGUUUUGAUGGCCCAUUCUGAUGUUUUUCGUGCAAUGUUUAAUCACAAAGAUACUUUGGAGAGUGUUGAAUCUCGUAUUCGAAUUACAGAUUUUGGGCCGGAGACUGUUCAUCAAAUGCUUACUUAUAUGUAUUCUGGAGGACUUCCUGAAGACUUUUCUGAUGAGCAGGCAUCUAAUCUAAUUGAAAUUUCGGAGAAUCUGUCAAUGGCCAAUGUUUGUUCAAUGGUAACUAUUGCCGAUAUUCACAAUGCUGAUUUACUUAUGUCUGCAUGCAUUCCUUUGGUUCGUAGCCAUAUACGCCAACUUAUGGCUAGUCAGGAAUGGACUGAAAUGAAGACAAAUAACCCUCGUUUGUUGAAUCUGGUCUUGGAGAAGGUUUUCUUUUGUUUUUUAUAUGAAUCUGGGUUAAAUUGGGAAUGUAAUAAACUAUUCUCUGAGUGAGAAAACUUUGCGUGUUAUGGUGACAUUUGAUCCCAAAAGGCGGGGUAACAAGAGGGAGAUCUUGUAAUUGAUUUUUUGUGUUUUUGUCUGUGGGGGGAGAUCUGUAGAAUAUAAAUGUGGAAUGAUUUUUAAAGUUGGGAUAAAAUGUCAUCGUU